UUUUAAAUUAAAACAUAUUAACCAUACAAAGUUAUACAUAUGUACUCAGAAGUUGGUCCUAUUAAGUUUCGUGGAACUUAAUCUCAGGCAGUUGUGUACAACAUUACAAUCUUCCUGUUCAGAACCAUUGCCACAGUCAAGUAAGCCUUAUUUCUGGGAAUAAAUGCUGCUUACAGUGUUGUCUUGUACUUGUUUACUUAAAGAGUCAGAAGGAAGUCCCAGUGUAUUCAAAAGCACUUGGUCCCAGGCAAGUGCGUAUACAAGAAAGCAGUUUUCAGAUGAUAGUGGAAGCUGCAAUCAUAACGACGCACACUUGUCAACAAAGACUACUGCAGUCGAGCAGAAUAGCCAGGCUGCACAAGGUUGGUGUGAAAGACAAUUUAUAAAUAUCACUUAUCUACAGUAGUACAGUAUCUGGAGAUGGGUAUGCACAGAAGCCUUUGUAUGAUUCUUGCUUGAUUAGGAAGAAUAGCAGGGAAAUGCAAUAUGCCUUUGGAAGGAGCCCUUUCCAAGAGGCAACACCCGGGAGACUAUGCUGCUAGGAGGUUAGCUAGCAUUAAGAUUGACAGUGUCAUCGGCCAAGGGAAGAAAGGAGAGAGUCGGCUGACGGCUGCUGCCUACUAGACCGCGCUGGCUCCGCCCGGCCUGCCCGACUGCACAUGGCUGGGUUUCCAGCAGCUGCUGUCAUUCAGGCGCUUCCUCCUCCCCUUGGCCGGCUGCGCGCAAACAGCCUCCGCGGGGCCUCGACCGGCUCCUGGCGGUGAUGCGAUGAGCAGGCGAGCCAGGCCCCCGCUGAGCCCCAGGCGACCCUCCCCUUGAACGUGCAACCGAGAAGGGGAGUGUCGGCGGCAGAUCCCGGGCAUGAGCCCGGCCGGCGUUUGCUCGUGGGGUGCCUUGAGCCGGCGGAGGAAGAGGCUGGCUGUGGACGGAGAAGAGAAGAGCUUGCGAAAAAGGCCCCGGGGCGGGAGAUGUGCUGGUUCCCGGAGGCUCUUGGAGCAGCAUGUUUGCCGAGACCGCUAACACCUCGUCAAGCAGCGGCGGUAGUGGGCAGCUGGAUUCUCCCGCGGCCGCCGCCCUCGGCGCCGGCUCCCCUGGAGCUCAGAGCCCCGGCCGCGGUGACUCCGGCAAACAGAGUAGCAGCGUCCCGGCCGCAGCAGCCGAGGGCGACGGCGAAGAGGACGAAGAAGAGGCGGCGGAGGCGGCGGCUGUGGCGGCGCCGGCGCCGGUGGCCUGGGCUCGCGGCUUGCCCCGCUCCAUGUUGGCGCCCGGACUGGGGCUGCUGCUGUUGCUGUUGGCCGUGUCCCUCUUCCACUUGGGCCGGCAGCAGGAAACGGAGGAGGAAAAGGCCGGCGAGGUGGGUGGGCGGCAGCAGCAGUGGUGCCUGGCCUUACUCCUGCUCCGGCUCCUUUUGUACCUGGUCUGCGCCGCCAGCGCCUUCUCCCUCGGCACCUUGCUGGCUUUGGUCCACCAGAGCCGCGGCCGCCUUCAACCCGUGCCGGAUUUCCGAGUCGCCUGGAACCGUCGCUAUCCGGGAAGAGAAGACGCCGCUCCAUUAUUGCGAGCUGCUGUGAAUCCUUUAUCUGGAAACGCACAUGAACCUGUCCAGUCGAGGAGAGUGAUGAUUUCGCAUAACAUGGAUAAAGCUCUGAAAGAGGUGUUCGACUACAGCUACAGAGAUUACAUUUUGUCUUGGUAUGGGCACCUCAGCAGAGACGAGGGACGGCUGAACCACCUGCUAUCUGAAGACUUCUGGGAAGUUGCCAAGCAGCUGCAACACCGACUCAAUCACAUUGAUGUAGUUAAAGUUGUGUGUAAUGAUGUAGUGAAAGCUUUGCUCACCCACUUCUGUGACCUUAAGGCUGCCAAUUCUAGAUCGGAGACGGGAGCCAUCUUGGCAGAUUUAGCUCUGAGUAACUCCACCCCCACCCUUCGAGGAGAGGAGAACAAGAAACACGGCCGAAAAUGUACAAUAACAAAACUGGAAGAGCAACCUCGACCAUUUUUACUGCACCCAUGUUUGAGGAAUUCUGAUGAAGAAGCAAGAUUUCUACAAGCUUGUUCUCAAAUUUUGGUGUAUUGUCUUCUGCCCUCAAAAGAUGCCCAGUCUCUCACCUUGCGUAUAGUCCUUGCAGAAAUACUUGCAUCCAAAGUGCUGAAACCAAUGGUAGAACUGCUGAGUGAUCCAAAUUAUAUCAACCAAAUGUUACUUGCCCAGAUGGAGUACAGAGAACAGGUGAAUGAGCAUCACAAGAGAGCCUACACAUAUGCUCCCUCUUAUGAAGAGUUCAUCAAGCUCAUUAACAGCAACUCUGAUGUUGAGUUCCUCAAACAACUAAGAUACCAGAUUGUAGUGGAAAUAGUUCAAGCAACCACUAUCAGCAGCUUUCCGCAGAUGAAGCGACAAAAAGAGAGUAAAGCUAAAGAAACAGCUGCAAUGAAAGCUGACCAUCUGAGGGCCCGAAACAUGAAGAGGUAUAUAAAUCAGCUAACAGUUGCCAAAAAACAGUGUGAAAAGAGAAUCCGACUUCUUGGGGGUCCUGCUUAUGACCAGUCAGAAGAAGGUAUCUUUGAGGACAGUGAUGGCCCUCAAAGUCAGAAGAUUCUUCAGUUUGAAGAUAUUUUGGCCAACCCAUCCUACAGAGAGCACUUCAGAAUGUAUAUGGAAAGAAUGGAUAAGAGGGUUCUGAUCAGCUACUGGGAAUCUGUGGAAUACUUGAAGAAUGCUAGCAAGGCUGAAAUACCUCAACUUGUGAGUCAGAUCUAUCAGGAUUUUUUUGUCGAAAGCAAAUUAAUUCCUGUAGAGAAACCACUCUAUAAAGAAAUACAGCAAAGUCUUGUGGGCAACAAAGGUAUUGAAGUGUUUUACAAAAUCCAGACUGAUGUUUAUGAAACACUGAAGGACAGGUACUACCCAUCAUUCAUUGUCAGUGAUUUAUAUGAGAGAUUGAUAAAGAAGGAAGAAGAGAGUGGUUCUGCCCAGAUGGCAUCUGAUGACAAAGAUGAAGUGAACCAAGUUUGUGAAGAAGUCAUUGAUGAAGGAAGCUCGGGUAUUAAUGAACAGGCCAGUUAUGCGGUAAAUAAGCUACGCCAAUUAAAUGACAAACUUGAAUAUAAGAAACAAACUCUGAGUUCUCUCUGCAGUUCACCAAAACCUGACAAAAAGAUUGUUUCUAAACUGAGGGAUGAAAUCACUUUGAUGGAGAGAGAACAUAGUGACCUUCAGUUACAUAUUGAAAGAACAGACUGGUGGUGUGAGAAUUUUGGCAUGUGGAAAGCCUUUAUAAAUACUAGUGAGGUCAUAGAAGAAGCUGGUGAACAAGUGCCCUGUUACUCUGUCAUGGUGAGUUUACAAGAGAUCGGUGGUGCUGGAGCUAAGGAAUGGACAGUCCUCCGAAAGCUCAGCGAGUUUCAAAGCCUACAUCGGAAACUCUGCGAGUGCUUUCCAUCAUUAAAGAAAGCUCAGUUGCCUUCACUCAGCAAACUGCCCUUUAAAUCUAUAGACCAGAAAUUCAUGGAGAAGUCCAGGAACCAGUUAAAUAGCUUCUUACAGAAAUUGCUUUCUGAUGAAAGGCUCUGUCAGAGUGAAGCACUUUAUGCCUUUUUAAGCCCUUCCCCUGAACACUUGAAGGCUAUUGAUGUACAGGGAAAGAAAUCUUCUUUUUCCCUCUCUUCUUUUUUGGAGAGACUUCCUGGUGAUUUCUUCUCUCAUCAAGAGGAGGAUGCUGAAGACGAGGAUGAUCUGUCUGACUAUGGGGAUGAUGUGGAUGGGAAACGGGAUGCCCUAGCUGAGCCUUGCUUCAUGCUGAUAGGAGAGAUUUUUGAGCUGCGAGGAAUGUUUAAAUGGGUGAGGAAGACACUAAUUGCACUAGUUCAAAUCACUUUUGGAAGAACCAUCAACAAACAAAUUCGUGACACUGUAAAUUGGAUCUUCAGUGAAGCAAUGCUAGUUUACUAUAUUAAUGUAUUCCGGGAUGCUUUUUGGCCAAAUGGAAAAUUGGCAUCUAGCACAAAGGUCAGAAGUGAAGAACAAAGCCGAGAGACAAAACAGAAAGCACAGCAAAAAUUACUUGAAAACAUUCCAGAUACUCUCCAGAACCUUGUUGGGCAGCAAAAUGCUCGUCAUGGUGUAAUCAAAGUAUUCAAUGCACUUCAAGAAACCAAGGCCAAUAAGCAUCUUCUUUAUGUGUUAUUGGAAUUGCUGCUAAUUGAAAUGUGCCCUGAGUUGCGCACUGAUUUAGAACAGUUUAGAGCAGCUCAGGUCUGAAUCUGCACAAGUGACUUUCUACAGAAAUGUCUAUUCUCAAUAGUAGACAUGAAACUUAUUUCCCUCUUUUCCACAGAGGGCUGACUGAAGAUUCCUGACAAUUUUUUGAGUUGUUUUCCUUUGACUUUUACGGGACACAAACAAGACUUGAAAAAAAUGGAUGAUGAUAGGGUAGAAUGCCAGCACUGUAAUUUCUGGCUUUUAUUUAACUUGUUAUAUGAAUAACUGUUUGAAAUGCAGAUUGAAAUGUAAAUGUUAAUAUAACAUGUAGGAACUAUAUAAUAUUUUAAACAUUUAUGAAAGGCAUUUUGCUUUAGUAGUAUAUCAAUAAGCAUUGUACAGUUAAUUUACUUGCGGAGGAUAAUGAAUAUUCCUCUACUUUCUUGUGUAUUGAAAAGCCCUGUUGUGCAAUAUGUGUAAAGAUAUUGUGUAAAUUUUAUUGUUUUUAUUUUUACCAAAGAUUUACCAUAGUUUGGAGCCUUUGUAAGCAAUAAAUAAUAAAACUGAA